UAAGUGCUGCACAUGGUAAACAUUAUACCUGCUAAACAUAAACAGCAUUGUUGGCAUGUUGACGUUAGCAUUUAGCUUCACAAUACUGCAGCCAGAUGGCACAGUGACUGUGGCCUUUUUUAGAGCGUAUUAAUUCAUUAAUAUAUUCAGAAGUCACUGAUGUAAUCAAGGAAAGUGAAGGUUGAACCACAAAUAAAAACAAUCAGUAAGUUUUUAACUCGAGGUAAAUAUAAACACAUAAGGAAAGAUUAUUGCAAUAUUUGACUUCAUGAUACUAAUGUUUGUACAGGUGGUGCAGAUAUAUAUAAUCAUGACAACUCAAUCAAGUAAGUUGGAUUUUGUUCGUAGAAACCAGACAUGAGGAAUCAGGAGUUUUGUAACUUCCUACUCUUCUGUUAGCUCCAACUCUUAUGCAACAACUUCCCCUUUUGUGUGAGAGUCCCCCAGACCAAACAAUUCUUCUCAAUGUGCCGGCUCUGUUCUGCACAGUGACAACUCAACACAAGCUCCUGUGAGAGAGAAAAGCAAGAAUGCAUAUAAUAGAAAGGCAUAGUAGUACACAAGUCAAGGCCACAGUGUUUUAUUUAAGCAUAACAUAACAAAGAACGAUGUUCUGCUGAAUAUACUGUGUUGCAGUCCCAGCUUUUAACAACAUUAAGCAGUUUAAUGUGACUAUAUCAAUGUAUCAUAGUUCAUGCAGUAGCCAUUGUUCACAUGGGGACUUUAGUCCGCAUUACUUUAAGCCUACUGACCUCUAAUCAGCUGGAUGAAUGAGUGACCAGACCUUUAGAGGGCGGGUCAUCGUCUCCCCUCGGAUGAACCAAUGAAAAGCAGGCGUGCUGCUGUUGCGUAACUCCACUGCAGGUUCACAGCCGCAUACAGUGUCGGCAAUCAGAGCGCCCUCAUCCUGCUAUCCAUCGGGUUAACUCUACCGCUACACAAUGUCAGCGCCGAAGAAAAUCUGCAUCAUUGGCUCCGGGAACUGGGGUUCUGCCAUUGCCAAGAUAGUGGGUGCCAAUGCUGCUCAGAAUUCAAAUUUUGACACCACCGUAAAGAUGUGGGUGUUUGAGGAGAUGGUGAACGGGCGCAAACUGACUGAAAUAAUCAACAGUGACCACGAAAAUGUCAAGUACCUUCCUGGGCACAAGCUGCCAGCAAAUGUGCUGGCCGUCUCAGACCUGGUGGAGGCCUCCAGUGACGCAGACUUCUUGGUGUUUGUGAUCCCGCAUCAGUUUGUUGGGAAAGUGUGUGACACCUUAAAGGACAAGAUAAAGACUGAUGCUCUGGGGAUAUCUCUCAUCAAGGGCGUAGACGAGGGGCCCGAUGGACUUAAACUCAUCUCUGAUGUGAUCCAGGAGAAGCUUGGCAUCAACAUGAGUGUGCUGAUGGGGGCCAACAUUGCCAAUGAGGUUGCUGAUGAGAAGUUUUGUGAGACCACCAUUGGGUGUAAGAAUAAAAUCCACGGGGCUCUCCUGAAGGAACUCAUGCAGACCACCAACUUCCGAGUUACUGUGGUAGAAGAGUACGAUGUGGUGGAAAUCUGUGGAGCCCUGAAGAACAUCGUUGCGGUGGGAGCCGGUUUCUGUGACGGUCUGGGCUUCGGAGACAACACGAAGGCAGCAGUGAUCCGGUUAGGCCUGAUGGAGAUGAUUGCAUUCGCCCGCAUUUUCUGCACUGCCGGCCCCGUGUCCUCUGCAACCUUCCUGGAGAGCUGCGGUGUGGCCGACCUCAUCACAACCUGCUACGGCGGCCGCAACCGCAAAGUAGCAGAAGCCUUUGUGAAGACGGGGAAGUCCAUCGAGGAGCUGGAGAAGGAGAUGCUGAACGGCCAGAAGCUGCAGGGACCAGCAACAGCAGCUGAGGUCUAUCUCAUCCUCGAGCACAAAAACCUCAUUGACAAGUUCCCUCUGUUCAAUGCAGUGUAUCAGAUCUGCUUUCAGGGCCAUCCAGUCACAGAGUUCAUAAGCUGUUUGCAGAACCACCCAGAGCACAUGUAAAAACAACAACAAACUGACCAAGUGCCUUUUUAACUGGAGAGCAUUAACCUUUUCUCACCUGUUACCAGUCAGAAAUAGACGGGGGACCAGUCACUCCACAGCUGUUGUGCAACCGAGCGGCUCCAGCCAGCGAGUGCAAUGUUCACUUAUUAAAAGAGGUUGCGUAACAUUUGUGCAUGUUCAGCUGUAGUUUUACCGCUCAGUUUGUUUUUCGUUCAUUUCCUGACACGUGCAUGAUGACUUGAGGGGUAAUUGAUGACGGGGUUCUUUUCCCUUGUGAUUGACAGACAGCACUUUUUGCCUGAGUUUUUUAGUUUGUUUUUUAGAAAGCAACCCAAUUGAAAACACCAAUGAAUAUCUCUGGACAUCAAAUUCAUCAUAAUACAAUAUUUUUCUAAAAAUAUUUGACUGCCAUUCAUUCAGUACCAUGUUUGUACGAUGUUCAUAUGGCACCACAUCAUGCAUUCAGAUUUGGACAAAGACCUGUUGGGCAAAGUCCUUCUGUGAGGCGUUAUUGUCUAACGUUAUUGUUGCCGUCCAGUGAAAGCCUGUCCAUCAAGUUAUUAAUCAUGUAAUACCUCAGAUAAUUAUGUCCUUGCUUGCUCUAAAAGUGUCUUACAUAAUUCACUGUUUCCUGUCUUGUACUGUAUUAACAUACUGUCAAUCGCACAACUGUUUUUAACAUAAAAAACUGACAGUGCCUUAGAAUGCACGGUUGUGUAUUUUUGGCCAUUGAUUUUUUUGGGUCCAAACCAAAGACUUAACUACUUAACGUCCAAUAUUCCAUUUGUUUUUGUGACCCUGCCUGAUUUUCAUUCAUUUGCGGCUCAUGUGUGUUGGUAAUUAUAUCAACUUUUGUCUGUAAAUAAACUAAUUCUAAUCAAAUUCAAA